GCAGGAGUCAGGCCUGAAAUGGCCAACUGAGCAGCUAGGCCUCUGUUCUGAGGGUGCUGUAGCCGUGGCAGAUGUGGAACAGAGGAGGGAGGUGAUCUGAUCUGAUCUCGGUUUUCACAGCUUCCCUGUAGAUUCCAGUUUGAUCCCUGGGUUCGGAAGAUCCCUUGGAGAAGGAAAUGGCAAUCCACUCCAGUGUCUUUGCUUGGGAAAUCCCAUGGACAGAGGAGCCUGGCAAGCUACAAUCCAUGCGGUCGUAAAGAGUUGGGCACACCUUAGUGACUAUACAGCAACAACGAUAAUUCUGAAUUUCAAGUGGAGAACAGGCUGUGUGGUGAGGGUUGAGGACAUUAGGAUAGAGGUGAGGAGAAAGACUGGGGAGAAAACUGCUUCUGUAUGCCAGGCAAGUUGUAAUAAUGGUUGGGGCAGAGGGGUCGCUGUGUAGAUGGAAGCAUUUGGGUCAGAUUUUCUGUGUAGGAAAGAGACAGCCCCAAGGUGUUAGGCCAUAUCAGUCAGAAGGGUAGAAACUCCAUCAGCUGAGGUGGGCAAGUUAGUGGUAGAAGUAACUCUGCCUAUGGGUAUCAGUAGUUUAUUUGUGGCCAUGUGGAGAGUCUGAGAUGUGCCAGAGAACCCUUGGGGUAUCCAGUGAGCUGCUGGACACAGGGCUGAAGUUAUAUGGAGGGGUUCAGGAGAAAGACAUCCAAAAAGGAGAAGAUGGCAUGUAUAUAGGUUGACAAGAGAGAAACUAUAGCAACAGAACAGUACCCUCCUGCCACAUCCAGCACAGCUGAUGAGAAAGACCUGAUACAGCAAGCAUGUAAGGAAAAAACAGACACAUAUAAUUUGGCAAGUGGGGAGUCAGGGGACCCUCCUGCUCUCCAUGACAGGAAGACAAAAUGGCUCCUUUCAGCCCACACUUUUAUUGGCAGAAGUCACAUGAGAUCAUUAGAGAAUAGCUAUACUGGGGAGUUUGAUCAGCGCACCGUAAAGGGGGAGUAAAGUUAUGGCUCUGCUGUUGGUUAGGAACAUCUUGGUUUGUUUCCAUGGGUAUGGACUCGGGCAGGCAGUGAAGCAGAGCAGAGAGCACUUCCCACCCUAAGAAUGUCCGUUUGGCAUACUUACUAGGACAGUCAGGAGGGCGCAGUUUGCCGCACCCUGGAGUCGUGGGGCAGGUGCUGGUCUCUGCGCCAAGCUGCAACACCCUCCUGCUGUCUCCGGGAAUGGUUGCCUGGUAACGGAUACUCAGUGCCUGCAAAUGGCUGCGCGCCAGCUCCGCACCUAUAUUAUGCGUCGAUUUCCUCAAGGUUUGGUGGCAUGUGAACUACGUUACCCAGCAGGCUCUGCUCUCUGUGUGGCAGUUAAUGAGGUAGGAAGGUGAUGGUGGAGGCCAACAACUGGGUAAGGGGCCAGAGCUGUGAGAGAGUGAUCCAGAAGAGCAAUGUGCAUGUGGAAAAGGAGUGUGAAUUGAUGGCCCUUGGGCCCUGGUUUGGGAGACUUAAGGAAAAAACGAUGAGCCUAACUUUGGUUGCCUGGUAAUCAUGAUUUUAGCAGCUUUCAAAGAACUGGCUGGAAGGAGGUGGGUGGGAGUGCUGCGCCCCAUGCCAGGCCCAGAGUUUAGACAGGUCUUUCUGCGCCAACUGCCUGUUGUUGCUGUGGGUGGACACAGUGAUCAACAGGACCCUGAGGAGAGAGCAGACAUACAUGGCACCUGGUGCUGGUGUUUCCUCUGAGUUGAGGAGCUGGGGAAAUGUGACCUUUGAGGAUGUGUUCGUGUCCUUCUCCCAGGAGGAGUGGGGGCUCCUUGAUGAGGCUCAGAGGCUCCUGUACCGUGAAGUGAUGCUGGAGAACUUUGCACUGAUGGCCUCACUGGGAUACACAUCUUCCGUGUCCCAUGGGGUUUCCCCACAGGAGCUGGGCAGGGAGCCCUGGGUCUCUGACCGGGCCGGCACGACUCCAGUCCUGACCAGAGAGGCUCAGAGUUCAGGUGCCCCUGGUUGUUGGCAUGGAAUGGAGGAGGAUGAGAUCCGUUUUGAGCAGAACAUUUCUGUAAAAAGAGCAUCUCAGGGCAUGAUUCCUAAGACGAUUCCAUCUUCCCAGAAGGCCCACCCCUGUGAGACAUGUGGCCCGAUCUUGAGAGAUGUUCUGCAUAUGGCUAAGCAUCAGGAAACACGUCCUGGGCAGAAACCAUACCUGUGUGUGGCGUGUGGGAAACAGCUGUGGUUCAGUGCAAACUUCACCUUCCACAGUCAGCACAAUGGAGAGAAACCCCACAGAAGGGACAUGCACAGGGCCCUUCUUGUGAGCAGCUGCCCUGUCCAGUUGUCGGAGACACCCUUUACCACGGGGGAGGGUUGUGAGGAUUUCCCAACCGGCUCAAGUGUGUUUCAGCACCAUUACCCUCUUAGCAAGUGGAAGCCACAAAGUGACACCCACCGUGCAGAGGUGUUUCACAGUGGACAAAAGCAUUAUGAGUGCAGCGAAUGUGGGAAGGCCUUCAGCCGCAAAGACUCACUUGUUCAGCACCAGAGAGUCCACACUGGAGAGAGGCCUUACAAGUGCAGCGAAUGUGGGAAAACCUUUAGCCGCAAACCCAUACUCGCGCAGCACCAGAGGAUCCACACUGGAGAGAUGCCUUACGAGUGUGGCAUAUGUGGGAAAGUUUUUAAUCAUAGCUCUAAUCUCAUUGUACACCAGAGAGUCCACACUGGAGCACGGCCUUACAAGUGCAGCGAAUGUGGGAAAGCCUACAGUCACAAAUCCACACUUGUUCAGCAUGAGAGUAUCCACACUGGAGAAAGGCCUUAUGAGUGCAGCGAAUGUGGGAAAUACUUCGGCCACAAAUACAGACUCAUUAAACACUGGAGUGUUCAUACUGGGGCACGGCCUUAUGAGUGCAUUGCAUGUGGGAAGUUUUUCAGCCAGAGCUCCGAUCUUAUUGCCCACCAGAGAGUUCACAAUGGUGAGAAGCCGUAUGUGUGCAGUGAGUGUGGAAAAGCCUUUAGCCACAAACAUGUGCUUAUCCAGCACCUUAGAAUCCACACUGGAGAAAGGCCGUAUAAAUGCAGUGAGUGUGGGAAAGCCUUCAGGCAAAGGGCUUCCCUCAUCAGACAUUGGAAGGUUCACGCUGGAGAAAGGUCUUAGGAGAGCAGGGAAUACUCUAUCUUAUUCAACAUAGUGGGUGACACCAGAGAGAGGCUCCGAGAGGAGCCUCUGUGAGUAGCCAUAAGCUGGAAGAUGAGCCUCUUGUUUGAACUCCCACCCUGAGGAGAUUCUUCUGUGUGCCAGCUCUGUGGGAAGCGUUCUGGGGCAGUAUUGUACUUUGUAACAUGCCUUGGCCACUGUGAAAGGCCUCUGCAUGCUUGCCAGAAGUGUGUCACUGCCAGCGUCUGAAAGAAGCCAUACAUCUGUGCAACAGCAGGGCCCCACACUGUGCGUAUGUCACCCCAGAUGCUUUGAUGGGCAAGAUCUCUUCUCUUCCUGUCUUCCCUAGAGGGCACCAUCGGUAGCCUGACCCUAUUGAUGAUCCUUAUUCCUUCCUGCUCCCUACUGGUGGAAGCAUGGGUGUAAUCCAGUUUGGGUCAGAAGAAUGCAAGCUUGGUUCUGCUGGUUGCCCACAGAGAUGUCCAUUUUUCAGACUGUGUUGUUCUCUUGUGACCCCUGUGAUGAGUUUGACCAGCCCCUGAGUCACCUGACCUGGAAACUGUCUGCCUCAUAUUGUUCUGGUUUUGCAACACAUGCCUUAGUUUCUAAGCUAUCUUUACUCCUGGGAAUUUUGUUCACUCUGUGGGUUGAGUUGAGAACAGAAUUGGGCUUGCCAGCCUGAAAGAAUGAACAGCUUAUGCAAGAGCGCCAACUGUUGAGUCUCAGUGGUAUUUGCAGAAUGGUGAAGAAAGAACAGCUCUUAUUCUAGUUUCAGCCUAAUUUACAUCACUGCUCAAGGCCUCCUGGGAAAGAAUACCAGGCUUUGCAGGCUAAUUGUGUGUCCUGUAUGCUGAGAUGAUUUGUGUGACCAAGGUCUUCUUGAGCACGUUGUCAAGGUCUUGACAACCUCUGAUGUAUGUGGGAGCAGCAUGAAUUGGAUCCCUUGUUCCCAGGGAAUGUUUCAGAAUUUGAUUCCCUGGGACCUGCCGGCAUCCCUGACAUCUAUUAUUUGGUAGGCAGAUGUCACUGUCUCCUUCAAGGACCAGUUAGGAAUCAUAAUUGAUACAGAGACACUGAUUAAUAGGAAGUUGGGAGACCAUAGCCAGUUACAGGGAAUGUAACUCUUUUAAAGGUGUAUCCACAAACCUGUCCAUCACUGUGACUUUGGUAUGAGGGUUUAUGGAAAUUCUCAGGACUCUCAUAUUUGUGUCUCACGAUCUUACGGCGAUGGUUACUGUCUAAAAUACAAUGAAAAUAUUCUGCAAUUACGUGCAUCUACAGUGUAUAAUUUGAUGUUUUUAUGUGUGUGUGUGACCUCAUGGAUUAUAGUCUUCCAGGCUUCUGUCCUCCUAUCCAUGGGAUUUUCUAGGCCAGAAUACUGGAGUGGGUUGCCAUUUCCUUCUCCAGGGGAUCUUCAUGACCCAGGGAUCAAAUCCCUGAACUCCUGUUGGAUUCUUUACCACUGAGUUUUGAUACAUGUUUGCACCUUUGAAACCAAGUUUCUUGAUUCCUUUUGUAUUAUCUCUUCCCUUCACCCUUGCUAGGCAACCACUCAUCUUGCUUUCUGUCACUAUAGAUUUGCUUUCAUUUCUUAGAAGUUGAAAUGUGUGUGAGUAUAAAAUAACUUAAAAUGUAUUUUUAUGUUUCUGGCCUUUGAAACUCUGCAUAAUUAUUUUGUGAUUUAUCAAUGUUCUGUGUAUCAGUUCAUUCUUUUUCAUCCAUACUUUUGCUUAAAGUAUUCCACUUUAGAGAAAUAGUUCCAAAGCAAGUGACCCAGGAGAGAACUCACAAAGACAAAGCUAUAGUUUCUGUUAUGACCUUAACCUGGAAGUGAUGUGCCACCGUUUCUGACUUAUUCUAUGGAUGACACAGACUAAUCCUGGUACACAGCGCAAGGGGACUCACAACAGUGAGAAUGCAACGUGGUAGGUAUUUGUGGGAGCAUUUCUUGGAUACUGGUGACUACAAUCAUAGUUGUUUUUCUUUUUUUACCUUUGUGUAUAGCCUUUUAAUGAGGAAUUAUAUUGACUGAUUUCAGAAGUUAAACCAACCUUGCAUUUCUGAGGUAAACCCCAUUUGAUCAUGAUGCACUACUCUGCAUGGUUCAAUUUUAUACGCUGGUUUUCUUUCUUUUUUGUUGUUGUUGAAGAUUUUUGUAUCUAUGCUCCUGAGAGCUGUUAGUCUCUCUCUCUCUCUGUCUCUCUUUUUUUUUGGUUCUGAUAUUUUUAAUUCUUGUGUUUGGUUGCUAUCAGUGUAAUUUUGGGUUUACAGAAUAAGUUGGUUUACUAUCUCCUGCUCUUUAAUUUUCUGGACAAGUUUGUGAAGAAUUGACAGUAUUUCUUUCUUGUUUGGUAGAAUUCACCAGUAAAGUAUGUAGGCCUGGAGUCUAUUUUGUGGAAAAGUUUCUAACUGUAAAAUUCCAUAGUAAACCUGUGUUAUGCUUAGUCACUCAGUUGUGUCCAACUCUCCUUCUGUAGACCACCAGGUUCCUCUGUCCAUGGGAUUCUCCAGGCAAGAAUACUGGAGUGUGUUGCCAUUUCCUGCUCCAGAGGAUCUUCCCAACCCAGGGAUUGAACUUGCCUCUUAGCAGUGUAGUGAAAUUGCUCAGUCAUGUCUGACUCUUUGCUACCCAGCUCCUCUGUCCAUGGGAUUUUCCAGGCAAGAGUACUGGAGUGGGUUGCCAUUUCCUUCUCCAGGGAUCUUGCCUGUGUUGCGUCUCCUGACUUGGCAGGCAGAUUGCUUACCACUAGCACCACCUGGGAAGCCAUAGUGGACCUAGGUUUAUAGAAUUUACCCUCUCCCCCCCUACCCCCCAACACACCCAUACACACUGAGUUUUGGUAGUUUGUAUCUUUCUCGUGAAGUUUUUUAGUUAGGUACUCAAAAUUUUUCAAGCUAUUCUCUUACUAUUUUAGUACCUGUAGAAUCUGUAGUGGUGCUUCCUCUCUUAUUUUUAUACUGAUAAUGUCUGUAUUUUUUUUUUCUUUAUAGUGAUUUAUCAGCUUUAUUGAUCUUCUUGACUUCACUGAUUUUUCCAUUUUGUUUUGUUUUCCCUCGUUUUGACUUUACUGUUACCUUUUUCUUUUAUUAUCUUUCAUUUCUCUUCUGCUACUUUUUAGCAUAGAAGCUGAGUUCCUUCAUUUGAAACCUUUGGGUUUUUUGCUAAUAUAGGUGCUGAAUACUAAGAAUCACUGUAACAACUGCUUUAGUUACCUCCCACAAAACUUAAUAUGUUGUAUUUUCAUUUAAAUUAUUUUAAACCUUUUCCAGUUUUGUUUUAAAUUUCUUCUGACACACGGUUCUUUUAGAAGUAUGUUAUUUGGGCCUUUCUUUUUGGAAAUUGAUUUCUAAUUUAAUUCAUUAUAGUCAAAGUAUACACAUUACGACUUGAAUUAUUUACAUUUAUAGCUAUUUGCUUUAUGGCCCAGAAUAUGGGUUAUCCUGUGUUUCACGUUAACUUGAAAUAAAUGUACAUUGUUUUCUUGUUUGGUGGAGAGUUUCUACAAAUGUCAUCUCAAGUUAAUGUAACUAAUAAUGUCUAAGUUUUCUGUAUCCUUACUGAUGGGAUGGGCACUGCUCUGUCAGUUAUUUGAAUGGGGUUGUUGACUCUCUGACUCUAAAAGUGGAUUUUCCUAUUUUUCUGUUUAGUUCUAUCAUGUUUUCUUUGUGCUGUUUAUUUUUAUUCUAUUUUUGUUUUUUUAUUUGCUUUGUGUCUUUUUAUUAGGUGGAUAAACAUUUCCUAUUGUUGUGUCCACUUAAUGAGUAGACCUCUUUGGCAUUAAGAAAAGGCCCUCUUGGGACUUCCCUGGUGGUCCAGUGGUUAAGACUCUGUAUAAAUACCGUGUGCUAGCUGAUGGCGCCACUGGAGCAUUAGACUCUGUACUCCCAAUGCAGGGGCCUAGGUUCAGUCCCUGGUCAGGGAACUAGAUCCCCACGCCACAACUAAAGCCUGGGGUCCUCUUUAUCUGUAGUGAUAUUCUUUUACCUAAAAUCCACCUUGUCACACACUGUUAACAUUGUGUCGUUUUGAUUCAGUACUCAUUUUGCCUUUUUGAGUGAGUGAAAGUCGCUCAGUCAUGCCCGACUCUUUGCGACCCCAUGGACUAUACAGUCCAUGGAAUUCUCCAGGCCAGAAUACUGGAGUGGGUAGCCAUUCCCUUCUCCAGGGGAUCUUCCCAACCCAGGGAUUGAACCCAGCUCUUCCGCAUUGCAGUCAAAUUCUUUACCAGCUGAGCCACAAGGGAAGUCCUUUGCCUUUUUGGGUACUGAAAAUAUCUGCUUUUCAGUAGAUAUUCUUUAUAUAUUUUUAAGGUUUUUUUUAAUGUGGACUGUUUUCUGAAAGUCUUUUUUAAUUUGUUACAAUAUUGUUUCUGUUGUAUUUUUUUUUUUUUUUAAACCAUGAGGCAUGUGGGAUCUUAGCUCCCUGACUGGGGAUCAAACCUGCACCCCCUUCAUUGGAGGGCGAAGUCUUAACCACUGGACUACCAGGGAAGUCCCAGAGAUAGUCUCAAUAUUUUACAUGUUUAAGUUCCUUAGAAAGAGUAUGAUCUUUUGGGAUCUUGAUUCCAUACAUUUUUAGGUGGAAUUAUCGCAACAUUCAUUUUAAGGCUAUUUUUCUCAGCCUCUGCUGAGACACAAGUCAUUCUGUAUUUUCUGCCUUAUGCUUCCUAAGCUUUCUGACUUAAACUGGUUGGACGGUGCUAUUCUGUUCUCUACAUUAGCCUUGGAGAUUAUUUCACUGAAUCCUUUUGGAUGUUUCUUACCCAACGUCUGGUCCUUCCCUACCUACACGUACAGAUUUGUACUGAGCUGAAUACUUGAAGAUGACCCUCUGUGUGUGUCUCUCUUGUCCUGUGCUUACUGGACUCCAAACACCUUAGCAGGCCCAGACUGUAAGUUCUUUCUCAUAUCAGGAUGAUUUUGGGGGUCUCCCUGGUCUCAGCAUUUUUGUAUUAGGGCCUGGGAACUUCCAUUCAUGGAAACCUGAGAUGGCCACAGGGCUCAUAUUUAUUUGCUCUCUCUCAUAGGUCACUGGUAUUAUUUCGAGUAUAUUAAGAAUCAAUUUCAUGUACUUUAUUUUCUUUUUUUCAAGAAAAUCUAUGAAUCCUCCUAAAGCAGAUACUUUGAAUAAACUGGUAGAAUUGAUAACACCUUCAAUUACAUCAGAAAAAAAAAGAGAAAUUGCAUGUUUAUAAAUGUAAGCAAGGAAAGAAGGUAUAGCACUAGAUAUCUUUGAGACAUAAUGGAUAAUGUGUGAUUAUUUUAUCUUUUGACUGCGCCAUGUGGCAUGUGGGAUCUUAGUUCCCUAAGAGCAAAACCAGGUAAUUAAAUAUAUCAGUGUGUGAGUGUAGAUGCAAAAAAAAAAAAAAAAUCCUUAAAAUUUUAGAGAAUUAAAUAUGUGUGUGUAUUUAUAUAUGACAUGUUUUGAAUCAUUAAGCCAGUUUUACACUCCUGAUGAUGAUUAUAACCUAGUGAGAUUGAUCAUGAAUAUAAGGUUGGUUUAGAGGCUUCCCCGGUGGCUCAGCUGUAAAGAAUCUGCCUGCAAUGUAGGGAACACAGGUUUGAUCCCUGGGUCAUGAAGAUCCCCUGGAGGAGGGCAUGGCAACCAUUAUUCUUGCCUGGAGAAUCCCAUGGACAGAGGAGCCUGGCAGGCUACCAUCCAUGGGGUGGCAAAGAGUCAGACCUGACUGAAGCGACUUGGCAUGCACGCACACAAGGUUGGCUUAACAAUUGAACAUAUAUUAAUUUAAUCCAUAUUAACUAGAAGAUGUGGUAUAAUGAAUAUAUCUGGUCUUUGUCCCAGGUUCCUGUCACAGAGCUUGAGAAAUCAUGAAAUUCCUGGUGUGAUAGGAGUCUUUCUGGUGAUAAUGGAGUGACUCUUGAUAAGCCCCUAGAAAGUUUCAGGAUGAGGACUGGUUACCAGAAAGACCAAUUGUAUGAUUAAAAGUUUGAAACUGACAGACCUGUUGGGAGAGAAAAGGGUCUAGAUGUUUUGUUCUGGCAUGUGACCAUGAUCUAAUCAGUUGUGUCUCUGUAAUCAAAUUCCGAUCCAAACACUGGAUGGACAACAAGACUGGGUGGGGUUUCUGGUUGGUAAACACACUGAUGUGCAGGAGAGUGGUAUGUCUGUACUCCCCAGAGACAGGUCGUGGAAACUUCACACCUGGGACCUGCUCAUACCUUGCCCUUGCAUUCGUUCCAUUGGCUGUUCCUGAGCUGUAUUCUUGAUAACAAAACUGGAAUUAUAGGUAUAGCACUCUUAGUCCUCUGAGCCAUUCUAGCCAAUUCUUGAACCUGAGGGGAUCAAGAGAACUCCUGAAAUUAUAGCCAGCUGGCCAGAAGUGCAGUUGGGCAAUGUGGCUUGAAACUCCUUUCUGAAGAGAGGAGGACUUUCUUGUGGAGGACUGAACCCUUAAACCUGUGGAGACCGACCCAAACUGGGUAGUUGGUGUCAGAAAAUUGAUGUCAGAACCAAUUUCCUUAACCUAACCUAAUGCUAACCUGGUAGCACUGGAAACCAAAAGCUGACAUUACACUGAAUGGGGAAAGUUUGCAUGCUUUCCCCUGAUACCAGGAAUAAGGAGGAAUGUCCACUCUGACAGCUUCUAUGUAAUGUUGCACUGAGAGUCUGUUCUGGUGACAUAAGAAAAUUAAAGAGAAUAAGUGAUGUGCAAAUUGUAAAGGAAGAACCAAAGUCGCUGUUAUUCACAGAUGACAUGCUUAUCUAUUUAGAAAACCCUUCACUGUAUAUUAAAAAAAAAGAUCUAAUUGACUAGUCAUGGUUCCAGGAUAAAAAGUCAAUAUACAAUAAAUGUUUGGAAAUUGAAAAACUAUACUGCUUACUGUAGCAUCAAUAUAUGAAAUAUAUAGGAAUGUAUGAAACAAAAUACACUCAACAACUACAAAGCAAAUUCACAAAACUUCACUGAGACAUAACCAUGUUUCUGAACCUAAGGACUUAAUAUUUUAAUUCAUUCUCCUGUAAUUGUGCUGUUGGUUCACACAGCUAUCAAAUUCCCAGUGACUUUGGUAGAAAUUGACAAAAUAUUCUAAAAUUCAUAUGAAAGUUCAAAAAACCUAACAUACUCAAAUUUUGGAAAGAACACAAAUUUUAGAGGUUUUAGUUUGAUUUUAAGAAUCAAUUACAGAAUUACUAUAGAGCUUUACUAACAAAAGUGUAAUAUUGUUGAAAGGAUAGACAAAAUAUAUAGAGUACAGAAACAGACCCACACCUGUACUGUCUAUUUUCAAUAAAAUUGCCAAUGUAUUUUAAGACUAAAACAAUGUUUUCAACAAAAUGCUCUAAGAUAACAUCCAUGUGAAAAAUAAAGUAACA